AUGCACCACUCUUUAAAGUUCCCACGGCACCAGCUGAACAAGUUAUUCCCUGGUUCGCUCGACACGGGUGCAUUGGUUACAGUUUUUACGACUGGCCUGGUUGGCGGUAUCAUGAAGCUAAGCAAGCAGCAGCCGCGCUACUAUUGGAAGUUUUUUCUCCGUCAUGAUGAUCCCCUGUCGUCACAUAUUCGUCUUCUCAUUGAUUCUCUGCAGUUUCUGGCUGAACGGCAGCAUUUUGAUAACAGCUUGCAAACGCUUGCGACAUACGUAUACGGCUAUGUCUGGCCCUCACUUGUUCUACUCGCGGAUAGGACUUCUCAAAACGCCUUCGAGUUCAUUGUGCGGCACAUUGCGUGUCAUGACAAACGCCAAGCAUACGACGACGAUCCCAGCAAUGCGAUCAAUUUGAUGAUUUUAACUUCGGCCGAGUCCCACAAAGAUGAUUUCGGACCUAUACCUGCAAUAGCGGCUUUUGCCUACGGUGGUUCAUGGACGGUCAUCGUCGUCAUCACUCUCACUGGCGAUCUCACUUCGCUCAUCAUCUAUCUGAAAGGGAGAAUCACCCCACCGAAGUCAAAGGGAACUCAAGAGAGUUGGGAAGCGCAGCCGCGAGGUCGGGGCCUCCGCCGGAGGUUUAGCGCCAACGAGGUUUCCAAACGCAUCACUUUCUUUGAAGUUCUUGAUACUCGCAGGCGCGCGAACAUAGACCAGUUGACAAGGGAACAAAUGUAUUAUUUACAAGAGAAGGCAAAGGGAAAGUUAAACAACGUCACGAUUUUAAGGGAAUUCCAAGGGGACUUUGCAACGAGUAAGGAUCAGAUGCUCAAUAUCCCGGGACUUAUACUGUCGCUGAUACUGAAAGUUACCGCAUUUGCCAUGAUCAUGCAAAAUGGGGAACGCUUGCUGGCAGUCAGUGCUGGCGACAGAACUUUCAAUCCGCCUAUCUCAGUAGGCAUCAACAAUAGUGUCCUCUGCUCUUGGGAUAUCUCCAUCUCUGAAGUCUGGACUAUCAUCACAAAUUUAUCUCAAACCCGGUUUGUACUGGUAUCUAGCGACGACAAGGUUUACUUGUGGAAGGCACAGAAGUUGCUCGACAUUAGUCCUCCUACGGGCUUCAGGUUGCGUUCUCGGUCGAUGAACAUCCUGUAAUCAGCAGCAGCUAUGACACGACAAUCUCAUGUUGGAUGAUGAUGCCAGAGCACAUUUUCACAGGAACGUGCGAUGAAAGGAUGAAAGGCCGAUCCUUGAUUUACUAGGUCUUGCGUACAAGCCAUUCACUCUAAACUGUCCUGCUGACACAGAAAGCCCUUCACAAUCUCGCUUGCUC